AUGAAAUCCAUAGGACAAUACCCAGCAUGGGAAAACAUUUCGACAGUGGUGGAUUUUAUUCUUCUUGGUUUUUCAGAUGUUCCUAAACUUCAAGGAUUUCUAUUUGGGGUGAUUUUUAUUAUGUACACUACAAUUUUGAUGGGAAACAGUCUUAUUAUUAUAAUAACCAAGGUUGAUGCUUCCCUCCAGUCUCCCAUGUAUUUUUUCCUCGGCAAUUUUUCUUUUUUGGAAAUGUGUUACGUAUCAGUAACUGCUCCCAGAUUAUUAUCAGAUCUCCACAGACCAAACAGAAGUAUUUCUUUUGUGGCCUGUGCUAUUCAAAUGUAUUUCUUUCUGAUCUUGGGUGCUACUGAGUGCUUUAUUCUCACCGUCAUGGCUUAUGAUCGGUAUGUGGCCAUUUGUAACCCCUUGCUCUACCAUCUCAUUAUGAACAAUAGACUGUGCCUUCAACUGGCAACUGUCUGUUGGGUCGGUUCCAUUCCAGUCUACACCGGCUUCACCUAUCAUGUCUUCUCUUUGUCCUUCUGUGGCUCGAACCAGCUGAAUCAUUUCUUCUGUGACGUGCCACCAGUAGUUCAGCGAGUUUGUGGGGACAUAUUUAUGACUCAGAUGCUGAUUUAUAUAAUUGCUUUUCUUGUCGUCACCAUUCCCUUUAUACUGAUACUGGGCUCAUAUGUGAAUAUUAUCUCCACUAUCCUGAAACUGCCGUCAGCUACUGGGAGAGCCAAGGCCUUCUCCACUUGCUCUUCUCACCUCACGAUUGUAAUUUUAUUCUUCGGAUCAGGAAUUAUUGUAUACUUAAAACCAAUAUCUAGUCCCUAUAAGGGCAUGGAAAAGAUAUUUUCUCUUAUAUAUACCAUUGUCAUACCCAUGUUUAAUCCCUUGAUAUAUUGUCUGAGAAACAAAGAUGUUUUGGUGGCACUGAAGAAAUUUCUUAUGAAAUCCAAUGACUCAAAAACAUAA